AUGGCCGUCCAGAGCCCCCUCGGGAGCGAGCACAACAACAUAGCCCAGGCACUUGCAGGAAACCCCGUAUUCCCCGGCUGGUACGCUGAUCCGGAAGCACGCAUCUUCAACAAUCGCUACUGGAUCUAUCCCACCUACUCCGCAGUCUAUGAAGAACAAACUUUCUUUGAUGCUUUCUCCUCCCCGGAUUUGUUGACAUGGACCAAACACCACGCCAUCCUUAACAUCUCCGAAGUCCCAUGGUCCACCAACCGGGCAGCCUGGGCGCCAUCCGUGGCUCGUCGCCGCCGGCCCGCAAACUCAGAUUUAGGCUCCUCCAGUGACGGAAGAGAUAACGCUACUUACGACUACUUCAUGUACUUCUCUGCGGGUGACGGCGCAGGCAUUGGAGUAGCGAAGUCGACCACUGGCCGACCAGAGGGCCCAUUCGAGGAUGCCAUAGGGAAGCCGCUCGUACCAGAGACUGUCUUCGGUGCCGAAGCAAUCGAUGCGCAGCUGUUCCAGGACGACGCUGAUGGGCGCGUCUGGCUGUACUAUGGAGGUUGGAGCCACGCUAUUGUAGUCGAGUUGAAUGAUGACAUGGUAAGCUUGAAGGGCGAUUACCUAGAGAUUACCCCGGCGGGGUAUGUCGAGGGCCCGUGGAUGUUGAAGCGUAACGGCAUCUAUUAUUUUAUGUAUAGUGUUGGCGGAUGGGGCGACAAUUCGUACGGUGUUAGCUAUGUCACCGGGCCUUCUCCAACAGGACCCUUCACGAGCAACCCGACCCAAAUCCUGCAAGGGGAUGAUCUAGUCGGCACUAGUACUGGUCACAAUAGCGUGUUCACGCCUGAUGGCGAGGAGUACUAUAUCGUCUACCAUCGGCGGUACUUGGGCGACACUGCGCGUGACCAUCGAAUUGUCUGCAUUGAUCGUAUGGAAUUCGACGCUGAAGGGAAUAUUCUACCGGUAAACAUAACCAUGGAGGGCGUUGAAGGGAGGCCAUUGUAG